AUGAUGAUGAUGAUGAUGGGCCGUGUGAUGUGUAUGUUGGCCGUUAUGCUGUGCUGCGCCUGCGGGUAUACCAUGACGGCUGCUGCUGCUGUUGAUAAUGACAGUCCCAGUGGCCGUGGUGUGUCCCGUGGGGCUGUGGAGGUGUCGUGCGGGGCCGGCGGUGCGCUGCGUGUACGCCCCGCUGCUGAGAGCGAGUGGCUUACAUGCGGUGCGGGCAGCCGUGUGUCUGCAUGUGGGAAGUACGCAGACCUCUGCCGCCAGCGUACCGCAAGAGCAGCAAGAACAACAAGGAGGGCAAUUAUUGCUAAUGAUGGAAAGACACUGACUGCGGAAGAGAAAUAUCCGGAUGCUUUUAAUAUUGAUAUGAGCCAUUUUCCUGUUGUUAAAGAAGAUGAAAAAAAAAAGGUGUUGCGAAAGAUGUGUAAGAAGAACAGUGAAGCUGUUUUUGAUAAAUUAACGUGUAAGGAUGUGAGUUAUGAAGAUGAAAUAUUCGUUUUUAAUGAUUAUGAACAUGUGGAGCCCCCAACAAAGGUUGAUAUGAGUACUGGUUGGUAUUGGAAUCCAGAACAUAAAGCAGAAAGAGAGAAAAGGGAUAAGGAACAGAAGUUCCGAGAGGUGUGUAAGGUGAAUCCUGAUACUGUUAAUGAUGAAGUAAACUGCACGGAGUUUUUAAAACCGAAGACAGCGGGGGCUGACGUGAGGCAAGUUAAUCAUGAAGAGGCUCCAUCAAGUGCGGCACAGAACUCUGCAGGUGGUUCUUCUUCUCAUUCUGACAACACCAGGACUUCCAAAACAGAAGUGUCAGCACCCAGCGUAACAACACCAACAGUUACCAGCACGCAAGUCCACACUCAAGUGUCUACUGUAGCUACACAUACUAAUCAGGGGGCAUCAAGCAGCACAACAGCUAACAGUACUCCUGGCAACUCUAAUCCUACCCAGCAAUCUGCUGCAGCUGUUGAUGCACCUGCCACACCAGAAUCACGAGAAACCACUUCCAGUACUCCGCCGAGCUCCGAGAGCACAAUCAGUGAAGCACCAACCACCACUCCAUCUCCUGUUUCCGUACCUGACACACAGAUCAACAACAUUUCCCCCACUAUGCAGAACAAGACUAAUGUUGACAGCAGUGUCAGUCCUGUGUGGAUGCGCACUGCAGCACCUCUGCUGAUUGUGGCUGUGUUGUUCUCCUUUACAGUGUACUGA